UGUGGCAGAGCUGCGAGGUGCGUGAAGGGUUUGAUGACUCUUUACCGGGUGGGGCGGAGGGAAGUUGAACCGAUUCUUAGUUGGUGCGUUCAGGGCAGGGAGGAGGGUAAGCGACGUCGCACUUGGUCGAAUAGGGACCGGCGACCUCGACCCCUGGAUUGUGGGUGGAAAAGCCGCAUCUGUGUUGGCGUGUUGAGAGAAUCGUGAAAGUCGAGGUUGACGAGUGUUUGGUGGGCUGUAAAGGAUUUGGGGAUGAGGUAUAGAGAAGCCAACCGUACCCAAAUAUAGCUUCUCCGAUUGGGAGUCAAGUGGCGUUUUUUUUUCUUCGGACCGGGGCGCUGAAACCGAGCUUGCAACAUCUGUCGACAACCUCAUCCUCAACUCUCAAAAGAUCCCCAAGAAGAACCUUCAACAUGAAAGAUUACACAUAUAGCCCGUUGAAAGGUCCCAAAGCUCAAAUCCGUCUUGUACGCCUCCUUCCUCUCAUCACAACAUCAGAGCAGCAUGAUUCGCACCAGCUCGAGCUACGCUGCACCUUAAAAUCUGCUUCCCUCAAGGAUAAUCCCGAAUAUACGGCCUUAUCAUAUACCUGGGGCACUCAAGGUCGAACUUCCCGGCUCAUUGUUAAAGACGACAAGGGUGAUCCAGCCAAUGGUGAAACUUCAAUCCUCAUAACCCCGAGUCUUGAGGCGGCACUCUUGAACUUCCGUCAGCCGACCGAAUGCAUCACUCUUUGGAUUGAUCAACUGUGCAUCAACCAAGAUGACAUAUCGGAAAAAGAUUUACAAGUGCCAUUGAUGAGAACCAUAUACGAGAAAGCCAGAGAUGUGCUCGUAUGGCUGGGACCCUCAACUGAUGGAAGCGACCACUUGCUUAAGAUUCUCAAUGAAGUCGGGAAGCAGGCGUCACAGGCUGGGCUCUUGAAUGGCGACAAAUCAAAUUCUGAGGUGGCUCACGCCUUCGAAGUGUCUUUGUCUGAGCUCCUCAAACCAGGAAGCUUAGGCCCCAGAUUCACGAUUCCGACAGAAAGUCUGCGCUCUUUUGUAGCUCGCCCCUGGUGGGCGCGAGUCUGGGUGGUGCAAGAGAUUUCUGUUGCCUCCUCUGUGGCUUUUGUAUGCGGACAUCAAAGAAUUACAUACGACCAUCUCCGCAACGCUCUCCAAUUCUACGCAUUCUAUAUCCUGAACAAGGCUGAGAAAUUCCAAGCCCGCCACUUGAUUGCAAAACUUUUCACAAUUCGAACUCUUCUGGUCCUGCAAAAAGCGCCCUGUGAUUCAGCUGCUACUCAGAUGCUGUCGUCAAGCUACAAAUAUAAGUGCCAGAAAGAACUCACUGGUGGGCAUGGAUUUCUUCGCAUUCUGGAGCUAUCGCACGUCGUCAAGGAUUCCAACCACAGGUUGAGACUCCAAGCUACCGAUGAUCGAGAUAAGAUAUAUGGCCUGCUCGGACUGGUCAAAAACGCAGAUAAGUUGGGGAUACAACCACAAUAUGGGAAAGAAUUGCCCGCGGUCUUUAUCGAGGUCGCAAGGGCUUUGCUCAAAUCUGGACAGGUGGACCUUCUAUGGUUCUGCCAAUUCCCCAAAUCGGAGGGGUGUUUCAAGCUCCCGAGCUGGGUCCCGGAUUGGACUGGCUAUAUACAAGCCCCAUAUGGAAGUAACUUCUCCUCUACGUCCAGUCAAUUUGCUGCGUCAGGAGGCGCAAAGGCGCGAAUUGGCCAUAUUGACAACGAAGAGGGGUGUGUCAAUUUGCAAGGAGUUUUCGUCGAUGAUGUGGAGGUGAUAGGCAGAGUAUGGGAGGAAAGACCCGGAUCUGGUACCCACCGAGGCGAACUGAAGAAGUCAGAGCUUUUUUCAAGCAGAGGCUUCCAUAUGAAGAUCGUUAGUCCAUUUAUUCAGGAGCUCAACCUUUUCUUUGACGAUGCUCUGAGCAAAGGAACCGCUUUGGACCCUAGUGUAAUCGAAGAAGCAAGAUGGCGGACUCCAAUCGGAGAUAAAGAAUGGGAAGACGAAGUUGCAAGUGCGCGAAGAGCCACAAACCAGAGUCGAGGGGUCCACUUAGAAGUGUGUCGGAGGAUCGAGGUCCAGAAAAGUAUUCCUGUUUCGAGAAAGAAACAAACCCAAAAGCGGAGGUUUGUCUUGCUCCAUGUUUUGUGGUUCCUGCUCCGUGUCCUGGGUUAUCUGUUUUGGGCGCUUCUGCGGUUUCUAUUCAAGCGUCUCUAUAGGUUGGUGGUGAUGCCCCAAGUGCCUUCGGAGAAAGAUAGCAGCUUUGUAUUUCCUAUAGACACGGGAGCUGGGGUUUCAUACAUGAACUUUAUGCAGCAGAUGUAUGGCAGACGGCCUUUCAGGACGCGAAAUGGAUAUGUGGGUUUGGGCCCGGCGGCUAUGACAAAAGGGGACAUUGUGUGUAUUAUUUUGGGUGCUCAAGUACCGUAUGUACUUAGACCACAUGGGAAAGGUCGAUAUCAGCUUAUCGGCGAAGCUUAUAUCCAUGGCAUAAUGGAUGGCGAGUUCAUGGACACAAAUACAUUGACAGUGGAGUUUACUCUUUGUUAGUGCUUUGAGCUUUCAAUCCCUGAUGAGGGAUUUGCUUGGGGCGAGGGGUGAGGUCUUGGAGCAUGUGAAUGGAGGAUUGAAACUGCUGGUUUAUUGGAAUAUGGAGAUGGCGCCAAAACCCGAUGAGAUGCAGGAACAAUCUCAAAUACG